CCAACAACUGCCGUGCAGCACCAUCCAGCAUCGCCAUGGCGCUAGUAGCAAGAAGGGUGUCCUCGAAUGCCGGGCCAAGAUGGCGACUGUUGGGGUUGGGGAAGGGGCUGCCGCGUUCUGUUGGUGCUGACCGAUCAGCUGCGUCGAGGCUUGCGGCAGAAACGUUCACCGUCAGAACAACAGCAUUAGUUUCGCCGCAGAAGUGUCGCCGGGGAAUCUCCAGCACAGGCGCUCGAAAAGACAAGGUGAACAUGACGUUCCUCGAGGACGAUGGCACGGAGAUCAAGGUCGAGGCCGAGCUUGGUGCAACCCUGCUGGAAGUGGCCCACGAAAACGACGUCGAAUUAGAAGGUGCCUGUGGAGGGGACCUUGCCUGCUCUACGUGCCACGUGGUGCUGCCCAAGGAGUACUACGACAAGCUCGACGAGAAGGAGGAGGAGGAGGAUGAUAUGCUGGACCUGGCGUGGGGGUUAACCGAUACAUCGCGACUGGGAUGCCAGAUCAAGGUCACUAGAGACCUGGAGGGGAUGUUGAUAAAGGUUCCGGAGGACAGCAUGGACAUGAGCUGAUGCCGCCGCGGAGGUGUCGUGGCUGGGGCUCGGAUGUCACCUGCCUUGGAGGAGCAUGGGCUAGUUGUGGUUUUGCCAUCUGUGUUUGACCUACAAGAAAGGCUGCUUUUGUCUGUGUCAGGCUGUAAAUCGACGAAUGUGUCAUGUGUAGAACUGUAACCCAAGAGCUCGAUUUGCAAGCUUCCAUCCCUAAGUGGGUUUGUCGCGCGUAGUUUGACUCGAAGAAGUAGGUCCGCCCUGGUUGUCGCCGAGUCGAGAUAUAGUUGGUCCGGAGUCCGAAAAAGUAACACAUCUUUCAGCUUAGAUGAGGCAGAAAAAAGAAAUGGCGUCAUUGGGUCGUCGGUCUUUUCAGCGACGAUGCUUGCAGAAUCCAGACAUUGGUCGCCGGGGCUUCUGGUAGACAUCGCUCCCAACUUGAUUCCUGCAAACCGUGUAGUCUAACGCGACUUCGGGUUUGAAACUGAACCGCCGUCUUCGCUAGAUGUUUUGAGUUGGCAAGCACGUACCAACGCAAUUGAACGAGUUCGCGUGGUCUCUCGCGAUUAUUGUUUCUGAGAGGGAAGCGGGAGACCAUGGACGGGUUCAUGCGGUAGAGACCCAUGCCUAAAAGCAACAGAAUCUGGGCUAUC